AACUAGCCUCUGAUCUUGAGGCUACUGUAGAACAUGGCAGAUGAGGCAGAGAAGCCAGCAGAAGCUACGGGAACUGCUGAAGCAGUUGAGAGUUCUGAGUCUGGCUUUAGGAACAGACGGCUGCACAACUAUCCACUGAUCAAGAAUUCCGACAUGAAUGAAGAGAUUAGGGUAGAAGCAAUGGAGCUCUGUGUGACAGCGUGUGAGAAGCAUGCCAGCAACAAUGAGGCUGCAGCCAAGUUGAUCAAGGAGACAAUGGACAAAAAGUUUGGCCCAGCCUGGCAUGCAGUGGUGGGAGCGGGUUAUGGAAUGGAGAUCACACAUGAGGUCAAGAACCUUCUCUACAUGUUCUUUGGUGGGAACACUGCCAUUUGCCUGUGGAAAUGUGCAUAGACACUCAUUGUGCAUUUCUAUUACAUCUUUACAACACAUUGCUAUUAAACAUCAUCAUGUUUAUCAGUUUUAUUAUC